AAAAAUUGCAGUCAAAAUCAAAAUCCUUUAGCUUCUUUUCUCCGCCAUAAUCACAGCAGAACUUCCCAUAACAUCAAUGGAGGAGAAGCGAAGAACAUAGAAACAUCCAACAUUCCAUAAAACGGAGAGAGAACCCAAUGGAGGGCUCUAAGCUCUGCGUGUUCCUACCCAUCUUCUUGUUCAUAGCAAAGACGAUGGUGAGUGGGAAAACCAUACCCACGACUCUGGAAGGUCCAUUUCAGCCUGAAACUCGGCUUUUCGAUUCUUCUUUACGUCGAGGCAGCGAUGACUUGCCAAUGGAUAACUCCAGGCUCAAGAGGAACGUCACCGGUAUGUUUCCGGAGCAGAUUGCGCUGGCCAUUUCCUCACCAACUUCAAUGUGGGUCUCUUGGGUCACGGGGGAUGCUCAGAUUGGCUCUAAUGUGACUGCGCUCGAUCCAUCAUCGGUUGCUAGUGAGGUUUGGUAUGGGAAAGAAAGUGGAAAAUAUGCUUAUAAAGGGAAAGGAAAUGCAACUGUUUAUAGUCAGUUGUACCCAUUUGAGGGGCUCUUGAAUUAUACCUCUGGCAUCAUUCACCAUGUGAGAAUUGAUGGUCUUGAACCUGGAACAAAGUACUAUUAUAAAUGUGGGGAUAGCUCUCUUCCAGCUAUGAGUGAGGAGCGUGUUUUCGAAACACUACCAUUACCUGGCCCAAAUUCUUAUCCUAGUAGAAUAGCAGUUGUUGGAGAUUUAGGUCUCACCAGCAAUUCUUCAACAACUAUUGAUCAUCUUGCCGAGAAUGAUCCCUCAUUGAUUUUAAUGGUUGGAGACUUGACCUAUGCAAAUCAAUAUCUUACCACUGGGGGGAAAGGAGUCCUAUGCUACUCAUGUGCAUUCCCAGAUGCACCUAUUAGAGAGACAUAUCAACCUCGCUGGGAUGGAUGGGGAAGGUUUAUGGAGCCACUGAUCUCAAGAGUUCCUAUGAUGGUCAUUGAAGGCAACCAUGAGAUUGAACCUCAAGUUGCUGAGAUCACUUUCAAAUCAUAUUUGACAAGAUUUGCAGUUCCAGCCAAGGAAUCUGGCUCGAAUAGUAACUUCUUCUACUCUUUUGAUGCUGGAGGGGUACAUUUUAUCAUGUUGGGAGCCUAUGUUGACUAUAAUAGUACAGGUGCUCAGUAUGCCUGGCUAAAGAAAGAUUUAUACCAGGUGGAUCGAAAUGUGACUCCAUGGCUGGUAGCCGCAUGGCAUCCACCUUGGUAUAAUAGCUACUCCUCACACUACCAAGAAUUUGAAUGCAUGAGGCUGGAAAUGGAAUCACUUUUGUAUCAGUAUGGUGUUGAUAUUGUUUUUUCUGGCCAUGUGCAUGCUUAUGAGCGGAUGAAUAGAGUCUACAACUACACAUUGGAUCCAUGUGGACCUGUCUACAUAACAGUUGGAGAUGGUGGAAAUAUUGAGAAGGUUGAUGUUGAUCAUGCAGAUGAUCCUGGAAAAUGUCCCUCCCCUGGAGAUAAUUUACCAGAGAUCGGUGGUGUAUGCCAUUUGAAUUUUUCCUCUGGUCCUGCUAAAGGCAAGUUUUGUUGGGAUAGGCAACCAGAAUGGAGUGCAUUUAGAGAAAGCAGCUUUGGGCAUGGAAUACUUGAGGUAGUGAAUUCAACAUAUGCACUAUGGACUUGGCACAGAAAUCAGGAUAUUUAUAAAGAAGAUAGUGCUGGUGAUCAAAUAUACAUUGUGCGACGGCCUGAACUCUGCUCUGCCUCAACAUCUUUAAAAGGAAAUAAUGUGACCCAACAAGGUGCCCAAACAAACCAGAGGGCAGCCAUUUCCGCUAACUGGAUGUGGGUUAUGUCACUGAUCAUCAUGAUUCUCAUGGCUUUCUAAAUAGAUUAUUAGCAUUAUUGAUCAAACAAGUCCUUGCCAAUUUUUCUAUAUUGCUGUACAUAGUUCCCUGCCUUGUUCUCCUUAUGCCUUCCCGGUUCAAAAUCUAUAGAAGAAGUCAUCCAGCAGCUUAAAUGUCCUGAGUGGCUGUGAAGAACAAGGAGAAUCAUUCAAAGGGUUUGCUUUUAUACGGUUACUGGUUAUAUUCACCAAAAAAAAUAUCGCUUUUAAUUUUACUGCAUGCUUGGUUACUGUGAAGGCUCUUUUGAAGUUUGAUACAUUGUGCAAUACUGAAUUUUAUGAAGUGCAAUACAAUGUUAUUUUAUUUUGUUCUUUUUUUUUUCAUGCUUCUCGUGGUGGAAUCAUGUAGCGGUAUUAUAGUUUUUAUUUGGAUACCACUGUAUGCAAUCUUAAGCCUGACGAGUACUUGCAAAUUUGGUAUGGUUUUACACAGCUUUUAUCUCUCGGCGAACCCAGUCACCAUAGACCUACUUGUACAAGACUCCUAACAAGAGAGUUCUUCCCAAGGUUUUGGAUGGUAAUCGAACCACCAAGUCGGCCCAUGCCUUUCAAGCACAUCUGACUCACUAAUUGGCUAAGUAAGCUUUGUCACAGUGGAGCAAGUACUAAAGGAUAUGAAGGCUGAUUUAAGUAGCAGACUUCUGAGUUUGGUUUCAUCAUAUAUGUAAAGAGGUGGCCAUUAGAAGAUUGGCUCAGAGAGUUUCAGUUUGCUGAUUCAAAAGCUUUUUGGAACUUGAGGUCUUCUCUACUAUGGCAUCAUAUAAAUCUAGGCCUUUGACGUUUUCAUUGUACUUGUAGUUUCUGAUUUUCCAUUUAAGAUGGCAGGUUGUGGUUCUGUAUGAAAAUAUUUCUGAAAAAACUUUUGACUUAAAG